CAUUUGCAUACUCGCAAUAGGUUUGUCGUGCCCCUCUAACAAACCGAGCGUUUUUCAUUAACUGUACGACUACAAGUAGCAACUGUAAAUCACCGAGGACUUACCAACGACAACUACUGUUUCUUGUAAGAAUGGCCGAUCAAUUAACAGAAGAACAGAUUGCAGAAUUUAAGGAGGCUUUCUCAUUAUUCGACAAAGAUGGCGACGGCACCAUCACCACCAAGGAACUUGGAACUGUGAUGAGAUCCUUGGGACAGAACCCAACGGAAGCAGAACUUCAGGAUAUGAUCAAUGAAGUCGAUGCUGAUGGUAAUGGCACCAUAGAUUUCCCAGAAUUUCUCACCAUGAUGGCCAGGAAAAUGAAGGAUACUGACACUGAAGAAGAAAUCCGAGAAGCUUUCCGAGUAUUCGAUAAAGACGGCAACGGUUUCAUCAGCGCUGCUGAACUCAGGCACGUUAUGACGAAUCUAGGCGAGAAGCUGACAGACGAAGAAGUCGACGAAAUGAUCCGAGAAGCCGACAUCGACGGUGACGGCCAAGUCAAUUACGAAGAAUUUGUAAAGAUGAUGACCUCAAAAUAAAAUUCUCAUGUCCAGCAGUCCACUAAGCUAGUUUUAAGCAAAUUCAAAGUUUUUGAACAUGAUCAAUCUUUUUUCCACUACCAAGUCCGGUACCAACUACAAGAAGCACUAACAUUUCCUGAACUUUGUAUAGAGUUUACUAUCACAGAAUAGUUGGUAAGCUGACAGCUUGCGGAGCGGGCCCCUUGCUACUUUAACCCUGUUAACCCUCAAAUGUUAUUUUUAUAUCAAUAGCAUAAAAAUACUGAUAGCGUUUGGCGUUGUAACUAUAAAUGGUUGGUUCAUAACAUUUUUCUACUUAAAAACUGUACGUAAAGAAAUGCUAAUAAAAUAUUACUUAGAAAAAUGAA